GUUGGUGCUCAGCCCCCUCCCUUCCGGCGAUGUGGCCGCCACCUUCCAGUUCCGCACCCGCUGGGACUCGGACCUGCAGCGCGGGGGCGGGCUUCUGGCGAACACGGAGCUGGGGACAGCCUUACUUGCAAGCUCCUGCAGGUGCAGAACUCUGGGUCUGGUUCCAGGACACUGUCUCAGAUGUUGACAAAGCUUGGAAUGAUCUUAGUAACAUCCUCUCAGGAAUAUUCUGUGCCUCUCUGAACUUCAUUGAUUCCACCAACACAAUCAUCCCAACUGCAUCUUUCAAACCACUGGGGCUGGUGAAUGUAACAGAUCAUCGUUUCCUGCGAUAUGCUAUCUUGCCUCGUGAAGUUGUAUGCACCGAAAACCUCACACCCUGGAAGAAGCUGUUACCUUGCAGCUCAAAGGCUGGCCUGGCUGUUCUACUGAAGGCUGAGCGACUGUUCCACAGCAGUUAUCACUCCCAGGCUGUGCACAUCCGUCCCAUCUGCAGGGACAAAUCUUGUCUGAGCUUAUCUUGGGAACUCAGGCAGAUCCUCACUGUUGUCUUUGAUAGUUUUGCCAGUGCCCAGGGGAAGAAAGAUUGGUCGUUCUUAAAGAUUUUCUCUCGUACACUUACUGAAGCCUGUCCUCUGGCAUCUCAAAGCAAGGUUUACGUUGAUAUUUCCAGCAAAACCGAGGAGCAAGAGUUACUGGAUGUUUCCCCAGCUCCUUUAUCUGUCUAUGAAGCAUCAGUCCAGGGAGACAGGAGAACCUAUGCAGUCUAUGACCUUCUGAAUCCAGCACUCUUCAAUACAUCUCGCAACCUCAAUGUGCUGUUGAAAUGGAAGCGGCCUCAGGAUAACUUGGGCCUGGCUGUACCGGUGCUCCAUGCUCAGCGCUAUGUGAGUGGUUAUGGUCUCCAAACAGGAGAAAUCAGCACUCUUGUGUAUAACACACAUCCAUAUCGAGCUUUCCCUGUGCUUCUGCUAGAGACUGUGCCCUGGUACUUACGGCUCUACAUUCAUACCUUGACCAUUAUCACUAAAGGAAAGGAAAAUAAACCAAGUUAUAUCCAUUAUCAGCCAGCGCAGGACCGAAAGCGUCCCCAUCUCUUGGAAAUGUUGAUUCAGUUGCCAGCAAACUCGGUCACAAAGAUCAACAUCCAGUUUGAGAGAGCCUUGCUCAAGUGGACAGAAUACACACCUGACCCCAACCAUGGCUUUUAUGUGAGCCCGUCUGUCUUAAGCGCCCUAGUGCCAAGCACCAUUGCUAUAAAAGAGGAAGAUGAAGAAAUAAAACCACUCUUUGCUUCACUGUUUCCUUCCUUUGAUGGCUCCAGCUACUUUGUACGUCUCUACACAGAACCUCUCCUGGUGAAUCUGCCAACACCAGAUUUUAGCAUGCCAUAUAAUGUGAUCUGCCUGACCUGCACUGUGGUAGCCGUGUGUUACGGCUCCUUCUAUAAUCUUCUGACCAGAACAUUCCAUGUGGAAGAACCCAAGAGGGGAGGCCUAGCCAAGCGACUGGCAAACAUAAUUCGUAAAAUGAGAGGUGUACCACCUCUCUGAGGACAGCUGGUGCAUGUACUUCUCAAAGCUUUAGGAAAUCUACAGCCAGGAAUUGAAGGGUUAACUUGUGAGAAGGUAGAUGGUUUAAGCAGGGUAACUUAUGCUCUAAAUAAGACUUAAUUUAUUUUCUUCUUAUGGAUUGUUUUUCAUGGUUGUUGGAUAGCUCCGUUCAUUGCUGAUCUCAGGACUGUAAAUAAAAAUGCCCAGGGCAAAAGCUUACUCUUUUGAAGAUGUUUACAUUAUCUGGAAAGACAACUCUAAAUAAGCCAGAACUGCUCUUGAAUUUUUAUCUCCUAGGUUUUGGUAAAGUAGAACCACUCUAUCUCAUUAGCCCAUUUACUUUCAUUGCCCUGUACAAGUACUGUAUGUAUACCUUUUAACUGCUGUGAGACUUAACUGGAGGCAGAAUUUUUUGAGGACAGUUCAUCAACACUGUGUUGGUGGACAUAAGAGAGCAGAGACACAUAAAAUAAUUAAAUGUAUAGCAUUUGUGCCUGAGGGUAUUCUGCAUACCUAUUUAAUUUUGGCAAAUUGCCAUUUUAGAGGAAAAAACAAUUUGAAGCAGAUUGAUGCAGCUGUCACUGGGGAAUGUAGCUUCUAGAAAUAUUCAUAACAGAUUGUGACUUAGAGCAUGGGCAGCCUGGACAGAGAGUGCUCUAAAACAGAGAAACUAUGUUAUUGAACUGGUGAUACCCACAGGAUUUAGAUUAAGAUGAUAAUCUAAAUUGGGAAACAAGCAUUGUAUGUAUGCUGGGUAAGGAAAAAAUCCAAACAAAAAUUGUCAAAAGAUUUCAAUAAAUAAUUGACAAGGUC